GCUCUCACCUGUUCUGGUGGGCAUAAUUGUCGAGCUCCUUACUCUUGGGGGGCCCAGGAUGUCUUUGGGGCCAGGCUGCCAUGAGGGGAUCUGAGCCCCAGGAUACCUGUACUAGAAGGCUGGGCUAGGGUGGUGGGGUGUGGCAGCCAGGACCCUCGGACUGCCCACUGGAUGGCUGAAGACAGCGUGCCUCUGUGGCAGCUGGUGUCUCAGGGUGCUGCAUCUGGCUGCCAGCCCAGAGUGACUGUAACCCUGGGAACCCUGCCCUCAUGGUUGGGGCGGAUCCAGGGGCAUGGAGCCUGGAGGGAGGUGCCCUAACAUAACCCCAAUGGCAGCCCCUCUCUGAAGCCGCCACCCCACCCCCACGACUCCCAGAGGUGAGAGGUCUUGCCAUGCAGAGUUCCAGCAGAGUUCAGCCUUCUGAACCCCAAGGACAGCACCCUCCAGUGCCAGGGGUGCCACAGGGUCAGCACACAGGGGUGGGGGUCAGAACUGGGUUUGAAUUCAGACACUGCAUUUAUUCCUUUCAAUAUUUCCUGAGCACCUGUUGUAUACCUGGCUAGAGGCUCAGUCCAGGCAAGCCGUGUCUUCCCCUCGGAUUAAGUGGGUGUCACAAGAGAACCUCUAGGUGAGGUGUGAAGAGCAGCAGGCGGUGCUUGGAGCUCCCUUGCCUCACUCGCGAACCGCUUCUGCCUGUGGCCUGUUCCCCCAUGCCUGGUUCACAGCAGGUGUCCACAGAGGCAGAGGGGCCAGUGCCACGGGAGGACCAGGGAGGCCUAAACAGACAGGUGGUGUUAAGAAGGGCUGGAGGCAGAGCGUUCGGGGACUCAGUGAAAAAAGCAAAGGGAUUAAGAAGUACAGAUCGGCACUUACAGAAUAGUCACAGGAUGUAAAGUACAGCACGGGGAAUAUAGUAAUACGGUAAUAACCAUGCAUAGUGCCAGGUGGGCGCUGGACUUUAAGGGUGACCACCUGGUCAGUUAUAUAAAUGACUGACUACUGCUGUACACGGGAAACCAGUAUAUCGACUGUCACUCGUAAUCGAAAGUGGAGAGGCUGGACGCAGAGUUCUGGGACCGGGAGCGCAGUGUUUGGCGGCUGGGCCGCUUCCAGGGGCGGAGCAGGAGGUGGAGUCCGGACAGUCCUUGCAGAGAUGAGCUUUGAGCAAACACUCAUCUGAGGACUGAGCGGGUGCUAUGGACCGCAGGCUGCGACUCGCCAUGUUGGUGCUGCUGCUGUUGCUGCUGUGCGGCCUGGGGCAGCCCACGUGGCCCGCGGCUGUGGCUGUGCCCCUGCGCUGGCUCCUGGGGGACCCCGCCUGCGAUGUGCUGCUCGACCUGGCGGCGCUGGCGCGGUCCUGGCUCGACCCCUGGAUGCCCCACUGGCUGAGUCUGGUGGCCGUGGCCCUCACGCUGGCUUUGCUGCCCGUGCAGCUCCCCCCGGGGCUGCGCUGGCUGCCCGCCGACGUGGCCUUCGUCGUCAAGAUCCUCCGCGUGGGCCUGGCCGUCUGGGUGCGCUUGAGCCGCAAGCCCCCCGACACCUUCGUGGAUACUUUUGAGCGGCUAGCGCGGGCGCAGCCGGGCCGCGCGUCCUUGGUGUGCACGGGACCGGCGGGCCGCUCAUUCACCUACGGGGAGCUGGAUGCCCAGGCCUGCCGGGCGGCGUGGGCCCUGAAGGCAGAGCUGGGCCGCCCCGCGGCUCUGGGUACCAGGGAGCCUGCCGCCCUCCUGGCGCUGGCCCCCGUUCCCGCCCUGGAGCUGUGGCUGGGGCUGGCCAAGCUGGGCUGCCCAGUGGCGUGGAUCAAUCCGCACAUCCGCGGGGCGCCCCUGGCUCACUCGGUGCUGAGCUCUGGGGCUCGGGUGCUGGUGGUGGAUCCAGACCUCCGGGAGAACCUGGAGGAGGUCCUUCCCAAGCUGCAGGCAGAAAACAUCCGCUGCUUCUACCUCAGCCGGUCCUCACCCACGCCGGGGGUGCAGGGUCUGGGGGCCGCCCUCGAGGUUGCGCCUCGGGAUCGCGUGCCCGCCUACCUGCGCGCUGGGAUCACACCGCGGAGCCCUGCCCUGUUCAUCUACACCUCAGGGACAACCGGGCUCCCGAAGCCGGCCAUCCUCACGCAUGAACGGGUGCUACAGAUGUGCAGCAUGCUGUCCAUGAGUGGGGUCACAGCUGAUGACGUGGUCUACACCGUCUUGCCUCUGUACCAUGUGAUGGGGCUUGUCCUUGGGGUCCUCAGCUGCCUGCAGCUUGGAGCCACCUGUGUCUUGGCCCCUAAGUUCUCUACCUCCUGCUUCUGGGGUGACUGUCGGCAGCAUGGUGUGACUGUGAUCCAGUAUGUGGGCGAGGUCCUGCGGUACCUGUGUAACGCUCCUCAGCGACAAGAGGACCGGACACAUACAGUCCGCCUGGCAAUGGGCAACGGACUCCGGGCAGACGUGUGGGAGACCUUCCAGCAGCGCUUUGGCCCCAUUCGGAUCUUAGAAAUGUACGGGUCCACGGAAGGCAACGCUGGCUUCAUCAACUAUCCAGGGCGCCGCGGGGCCGUGGGCAAGAUGAGCCGCUUCCUUCGAAUGCUGACCCCCUUCGAGCUUGUACGGUUUGACAUGGAGGCCACGGAGCCCGUGAGGGACAAGCAAGGCUUCUGUGUGCCUGUGGGGCCAGGGGAGCCGGGGCUCCUGUUGACUCGAGUGCUUGGCCGCAGCCCUUUCCUGGGCUACCGGGGGCCCAGAGAGCUGUCCGAACGCAAGUUGGUGAGGGACGUCCGGCGCCCGGGCGACAUUUACUACAACUCUGGGGAUGUGCUCUCCAUGGACCUCGAAGGCUUCCUCUACUUCCAAGACCGCCUCGGGGACACCUUCCGGUGGAAGGGUGAGAACGUGUCCACGCGGGAGGUGGAGGGCGUGUUGUCGCUGGUGGACUUCCUGCAGGAGGUGAACGUCUACGGUGUGUCCGUGCCAGGGUGUGAGGGCAAGGUGGGCAUGGCCGCUGUGCAGCUGGCCCCCGGGCAGACCUUCGAUGGGCAGAGGCUGUACCAGCACGUCCGCGCUUGGCUCCCUGCCUACGCUGUCCCCCAUUUCAUCCGUAUCCAGGAUGCCCUGGAGAUCACCAGCACGUUCAAACUGGUAAAGUCCCAGUUGGUACGAGAGGGCUUCAAUGUGGCCGUCAUUGCUGACUCCUUGUUCGUGUUGGACGACCAGAACCAGGCCUUCCGGCCCCUGACGCCCGAUGUAUACCAGGCUGUGUGUGAGGGCACCUGGAAACUCUGACCAUCUGGCCAGCCAACAGGACACCUGAAGGGGCAGGGCCCAAUGUUGACCACUGUCAAAAAAACAAUGAACAGAGCCACUUUAAAAUGGGGCCAGAGAGACUACUUGCACGUCUUAUACCUCCAACCUUUGGAAUGUUAAAACAGGGUUAAAUAACCUUUGGACUGGGACUAACACAUGCUUGUGUUCCAAAGAACUGCAAAGUUAACAAGAAAGGAGAUGUUAUGACUACUGGUCUGAUGACUACGGGACUGAAAAUUUAAAACAUUUAGAAUUACCAUCAUUAUGUUAUGUCAUCUGCACCAAUAGCAAUGCCUUAUUUCUAUGGAUGUAAUUAUUCCCCUUUCCUGUCUCAUAAACACCCAUUGCCUUGGGCUCCUAAUCGGAACACUAUUUAGGCUUCUGCCUUAAUCAGUGCUUCCCAACGGGCUAUUCUUUUUUUGAAAUCGUCAAUAAAUGCUUGUUCCCUCUC